CCGAACCGGAGAUUUCAAUGCGUGGGUAUUGUCCAAGGAUUGGCAGUAUUCUCAAAAGUCUCCGCUAAAUCGAAAGUUCAGAGGCAACAGUACCUUUGCAGUUCUGCUUCUUCAUCAUCCAACUUUCAUAUCCAUAAGUCAAGGAAAUUUAAGGCUGUGAGAAGAUGGCAUCUUUACGUUACCGUCGUUUCUUGAAAUUAUGUGAGGAAUGGCCAGUGGAUGAGACAAGAGUUGGCCGCGACCUGGGCGCAUAUAUAAGACAAAGGGUAGCACAAGCCUUUCGAGAGGGUGAGAGCACCCAGGUUGAUGAUCCAGAUGCCUGUGAUGAAAUGUACGCUAGUCUGAACAGAAUGAAUACAAACUGCUACAGAGAGAAGUAUCCUCGGCUCCAAGAUACAAGCUUCACUGAGGUCACAGCGGAAGAAUAUCGCAUGGUGCUGGCUUCUGACAACCUGAAACAGAUGGAAGACAUGAAAAAAGGAAUGUGGACAAGGCUUAGAGAAAAGUUUAAUGUUAAACCAUCAGAGGAGAAUAACUGAAAAAGAACCAAUCCACUUCCUUUCUUUCCAUAUGCCUUCUACCAGCUUUCUACAAGAAUCUACCAGUACACAUGCACUUUCCCAGAUACUGUGACAUUUUACAGCAGUUAUAGAAAAAUAUUAUAGUUUCGUCUUGAAUUUGACAAUUCAAUUACAUUGAAAUGUAAAAGUUACAUCUGGAAAUAUCUCCAGUGUUUUGCCAAUAAAUUUUAAUGUUAAAAAAAAAAA